GGUGCCACUUCAGCAUGUGUGGGACCUAAAUUUUUUAUGGGAUCCCUCCACAUUCUGCACGGGAGAACGGCGGCACUGUUCGUUCUUGCUGGUCUCCGCUCAAGAUCUAGUCUCCUCCCUCUAAAACCCUCGUCCGAUCAAAAUCCUAGGGUUUCAUUUCUUCUGCACUCAACAAAUGCAUCGCACAAAAUAGUAAUCUCUCUGUCUCAACACGAUCCCCUCUUUUCCUCUUCCUCCCCCCAACUUCUAAACUCCCCGCCAUGGGAGCCAAGACCGGAUCAUCCUCGCCAGUGGUGUCUCUCUCCUCGUCCACCACUUUCGCUGCUCCGCUAUCCUCCCUCAACACCCUAAAACUAAAGACCAAGCAGCAGGAACUCUUGAUCCGAGUCUCCAUCCUCGCUCUCGUAUAUGUACUCGCAUUUGCCAUCCGCCUUUUCAGCGUUCUCCGCUACGAAAGUAUGAUCCAUGAGUUCGAUCCUUACUUUAAUUACCGCACCACUCUCUUCCUUACUGAAAAGGGCUUUUACGAGUUCUGGAACUGGUUCGAUUCGGAGAGCUGGUACCCUCUUGGUCGCAUCAUCGGUGGCACCCUCUAUCCCGGCCUCAUGGUUACCGCUGCCCUCAUCUACUGGACCCUUCGUUUCCUGCGCUUUGCUGUCCACAUCCGCGAGGUCUGCGUCCUCACCGCUCCCUUUUUCGCCUCUAAUACCACCAUCGUUGCUUACUUUUUCGGGAAGGAGAUCUGGGACUCGGGUGCUGGCUUGGUGGCGGCUGCUCUUAUCGCUAUAUGCCCUGGUUACAUAUCCAGAUCCGUCGCCGGUUCUUAUGAUAACGAGGGAGUAGCAAUAUUUGCGCUUCUUCUGACGUUUUACCUGUUCGUCAAGGCAGUCAACACUGGCUCGCUCGCUUGGGCUCUCGCUUCUGCAUUUGGGUACUUCUAUAUGGUAUCGGCAUGGGGUGGAUAUGUGUUUAUCAUCAAUUUGGUUCCACUCUAUGUGUUGGUUUUACUGGUGACUGGGAGGUACUCGAUGAGGCUUUACGUUGCUUACAAUUGCAUGUAUGUGUUAGGGAUGCUGCUCGCCAUGCAGAUUAGAUUUGUAGGCUUCCAGCAUGUACAGUCCGGGGAGCAUAUGGCUGCGAUGGGGGUGUUUUUCUUGCUUCAGGUAUUUUACUUUCUAGACUGGGUGAAGUUCACGUUAAAUGAUCCCAAAUUAUUUCGUUCGUUCUUGAGGAUAACUUUGACGUGUGCCAUAAGUGUCGGUGCUCUUGCUCUUGGAGUCGGCACGGCCACAGGUUAUAUCUCUCCUUGGACGGGUCGUUUUUAUUCUCUGCUUGAUCCGACGUAUGCAAAGGACCAUAUACCAAUUAUUGCAUCAGUCUCAGAGCAUCAACCAACAGCAUGGUCUUCCUUCAUGUUUGACUUUCAUAUUCUUCUUUUCCUGUUUCCUGCUGGCCUGUAUUUCUGUUUUAAGCGGCUAAUCAGAUGCCACUAUUUUUUUAUUUUUAUUGUUAUGUAUGGUCUCACAAGCAUGUAUUUUGCUGGUGUAAUGGUUCGUUUGAUACUGGUUGCUGCACCCGCUGUAUGUCUUAUUAGCUCUAUUGCGGUUUCCGCUACCUUAAAAAAUUUAACAACAUUAAUUCGUGCGAAAAAUAAUACUCCUCAAAUUGGAUCCGGCAAGGGGUCAGCUAGCUUGAAGGCAUCAGCUAAGGCAUCAUCUUUCGACCAACCUCUCCCUUAUCAAAGAAAUGUGGCCAUCACUUUGCUAUUUGGUGCUUUUUAUCUGUUAAGUAGAUAUGCCAUUCACUGCACCUGGGUCACAUCCGAGGCCUAUUCUUCUCCUUCAAUUGUUUUGGCUGCAAGGGGUUCACAUGGUGGCCGAGUCAUUUUUGAUGAUUACCGUGAGGCCUAUUUUUGGCUCAGAAAAAAUACACCUCAGGAUGCUAAAAUUAUGUCCUGGUGGGAUUAUGGAUAUCAGAUUACCGCAAUGGGAAAUAGAACUGUGAUUGUUGAUAAUAAUACUUGGAAUAAUACGCAUAUUGCUACGGUCGGUCGUGCUAUGUCAUCAUACGAAGAUGAGGCAUAUGUGAUUAUGAAAUCGUUGGAUGUGGAUUAUGUACUUGUUGUAUUUGGAGGUGUUACAGGUUAUUCUUCAGACGACAUUAACAAGUUUCUCUGGAUGGUGCGUAUUGGUGGUGGUGUCUUUCCUGUAAUAAAAGAACCCGACUACCUAGUGAACGGUGAAUACCGAGUUGAUAAAGGGGCUGCGCCAAAAAUGCUGAAUUGUCUCAUGUACAAACUUUCUUACUAUAGGUUUGGAGAGGUCACAACAGAGUAUGGAAAGCCUCCGGGUUAUGAUCGUGCGAGGGGUGUGGAAAUUGGGAAUAAAGACGUGAAGCUGGAGUAUCUGGAAGAGGCUUUCACAACUUCAAAUUGGAUAAUUCGCAUAUACAAAGUGAAGCCCCCCAAAAAUAGGUGGUGAGUUCUCCAAUUUGCCGAGACGAAAUCUGAAAGUGUUACAAGUUCAAGUGGCUGUUUUUACUCCCCCACACAGAGGAAGCAGAUUUAAUUUUAUUAAGGGGGAUCAAAUUUUCUUCAGAAGAGGGAGAUUUUUUUUUUUAAUUAAAAAGAUGUGGCCUACAUUGCCUGCUUUGAGUUUUUGCUUUUUAGAAAACAAAGUUCUCAUAUUCAAAUCAGAAGCUAAUUUAACUUUUGCAGAUGGAGGACUUUUUAAGGAGAAGCAUACAUGGAUCAGUUU